GAGAGGCUGGCCGCCAUGCGCUCCGAGUCCAUGCUCUCCGGCAGCCACACUCCACCCAUCCGCCGUCGCAGCAAGUUCGCCACUCUGGGACGUCUCCUGAAGCCGUGGAAGUGGAGGAAGAAGAAGAGUGAGAAGUUCAAGCAGACCUCUGCCGCGCUGGAGAGGAAGAUGUCCAUGCGACAGAGCCGAGACGAGCUGAUCAAGCGAGGAGUGCUGAAGGAGAUCUUUGAAAAAGCAACAGUUGAAUUCCGGUCCUCGAUGGACGGUGGCGUCUUCCCUCAGGAGUCCUCUCUUAAGACGUCCAUGGUCCUGCCGACCAAGAAAUCGGUCACCUACUCGAGCGACCUUCAGGACAUCCCCCCCAAGCCGCCCAUGUACCAUAAACAGCCUCCUGCUCUCCCUCCAAAGCCUUUCUCCAGGAUGCCCAACCAUAGCACAGAUUCUUGCCAGCCAAUGAAGUUGCUCUGCAUGCCCGGAGGAAAGCACUCUCCACCUCUGCCGCCCAAGAAAGUGAUGAUCUGCGUGCCUCCUGGGGGGCUGGACUCCUCGGUCUCCCCGUCCCCGUCGCCCAACCCCCUCAGCGCUCUCCAGAAGUGUGCCCCUUCUCACGGCAUGUCUCUCCACCACGGCGGCCUGCUGCCCUCUCAGCUCGUCGGCCUCUCCGGCCUCCACCAGAGCCACGGCCACCCGUUCCAGCUGCAGUACGGCAGCUUGCACGCGCCCAGCCGCAUCAUCGAGGAGCUCAACAAAACCCUGGCGCUCUCCAUGCAGAGGUUUGAAAGCUCUGCGUUUCACAGCGGCGGUCACUGUCUGCCCCUGGACAGAAGAGAAGUGCCGUCUGUGAUUAUCGACUACGAGGACGACAAGGAGAACAUGCCCAACGAGUCGGACUACGAAGAUCUGCCCAGCAUGUACAAGGACGAGGACGACGAGCUGGACGACGACGAGGAGGACGACGAGGAUGACGACACCAUAUUUACAAGUUCCCUGGCUCAGAAGGUGCUGAGGAAAGACUCCCUGGCCAUCAAGCUGAGUAACCGUCCAUCCAAACGAGAGCUGGAGGAGAAGAACAUCCUGCCCAUGCAGACGGACGAGGAGAGGCUGGAGUCUCGGCAGCAGAUCGGCACCAAACUCACGCGGCGCUUGAGUCAGAGGCCGACCGCAGACGAGCUGGAGCAGAGGAACAUCCUUAAACCUCGCAAUGAACAAGACGAAAUGGAGGAGAAGAGGGAGAUAAAACGGAGGCUAACGCGAAAGCUGAGCCAGAGGCCCACUGUAGAGGAGCUGCGAAUGGCCAAAAUUCUCAUCCGGUUCUGUGACUACGUGGAGGUGUCAGAUGCCCAGGACUACGACAGGAGGGCCGAUAAGCCCUGGACCCGGCUCACAGCAGCCGACAAGGCCACUAUUCGCAAAGAACUCAACGAUUUCAAGAGCAACGAGAUGGAAGUGCACGAGUCAAGUCGCCAUUUAACCAGGUUUCACCGACCAUAGUAGACCCC